AUGGCUCCUCCACAAGGGCAGGCUUCAUAUAGGAGACAGCCUGGGAUCCUCUCAAUCUCCAAGGACCGGAAGUCCGUGUCAUGGACUCCUGCCCAACCGCCAGACGCGGCUCCAACCCUGGUCCUCUCCGCGGCGAACAUCACAAAUCUCCAACAGACGCCCGAGACGAAUCCCAAGGUUAUGCUGAAGAUAUUUGCGCAGGACCCUGGACAGACUGAACCAGUUGCCCAUGUUUUCACUUUUACCUCUUCCAAAGAUCCACGGGGCGAGGCCAACGGCAUCAAAGAGGCUCUGGCAAACGUCAUCCAGGCGCAAAAGGCGGCCCAAAAUGCUGACGCAACCUCCUCGUCUGGCCAGUCCGCCGCCAUGACAAUGGCUAACGCUAUAUCCGGCACGGGGCGAGCAACCAAUAUCUGGGAAGACGAUGAGCGACUCAAGUCCGACGUCAAGCUUCAGCAGUCCUUGAUGCGAGAAGACCCUGUGCUGCAGAAGACAUUCGAGGAAGCGCUCGGUCUCAAACCCGAGUCAAUAUCCGACGCGCAGUUUAGAGCCCAGUUCUGGUCCUCCCGCGUGCAUCUCCUUCGAGCCCACGCACUCUCCAAGAGUCAAGGGAAAGGUAGCUACAACGUUUUGGCCGGGAUCAAAAAGGAUGAUGGUGGCAGAAUGAGUCUGAGGCAAGACCAGAUUCGUGCCAUCUUCGAACAAUACCCCGUCAUGCGGAUCGUUUAUGACGAACUUGUGCCGCGCAAGAUCCCCGACGACAAGGAUUUCUGGUCGAGGUUUUUCCAGAGCCAGCUCCUCAUGAAACUUCGUGGGCUCAAAUUCGAUCCGCUGAGGGAAUCCAGAGAUCAAUACAUCGAUGUCGACCAUUAUCUCUUCCACCCCCUGGUGACUGGCCUUCGACCUACUGCAACCGAAAUGCACAUUCCCAAAUUUAUCGACUUGGAGGGAAAUGAGGAGAAUCACUUUGGCUAUGGCAAUCGGCCUGACAGUGAGCUGCGACCUACAACGCUGGACAAAGCGCCUAUCAUUCGGAAACUGAACGCGAUAAGUGAGAAGCUCAUGGCGGCUGUCAAGCCCUCCGAUGUUGAUGCAUCCGCGCCGAUUGGGAUGACCGAGGCUGCUUACGAGCAGCUGAAGCUGCACGAUUUGGAAGGUACCCCGGAACAGCAACGCAUCAUCCUCAACAUCCGCGACCAGAGCCGCUUCUUCUCCCAUAGCCAGUCCGCUCAAGCUGGUGCUAAUGGCGCUGUUGACGGCAACCCAUUUCGAAACCUCGAUCCUGCCAAAGCAAUCAAAGACGUCCAUGCUGAUAUUACCGCACAUUUCGCUCACCCCGGCGUCGGCGUCAUUCCUGUUGGCGAGUUCGAUGAGGACGAGGACGAAGAAAUGGAUGAUGAGUCUUCUCCAAGGGUGGAAAGCGGCUCCUCGGUUGCCAUGAAACACGUCCUCUCCCUGAUCCGAGCCCACCGGGACCAGACUUCACCGAUCCCAGAGGCCUCUGGGCUCAGCACGGCGAUGUACGACCGACUCAGCCUCACACAUGCCACCACGGUAGAGUUUCUGCGGCAGUUUUGGAAUGCAUUCCUGUCCGGAGACUCGGCUCGCGCGAACGAAGUGGCCAGUCUCGUCGAGAGCCUCAAACGGGCGCAUGAGCGCAUCAACGCUAUCGCCGACGAUGCGGAAAAGGAAAGACAGGACAUCAUCCGAGCCAAGGAGAGAGAGGCGAACGAACGACAUGAUAGGUCAGGCAAAAGAGUUAAGUUCCACCCUAAUUCCAUCAAGGGUGGACGGCACGUCGUCAGGCAGUUGCUUGGACCUAUCAUGAAGAGUUUGGAUGUGGCUAUGAGGAUGUACAAGCAAGCCUUGGAGGACCAGACCAAGAAUUCCGGCGAGGGAUGA